CGCCCCUAGCUGCGCGUCGGCCGGCCAUGUUGCCUCGCGCUGGUUCCGGUAUGUAGCGCGCUAGCUCGGUUCAGUCCUCGCGCUGCGUUCGAGGACUAUCCUGACCGGGCGCUCAGUGAGGAAGAGGCGAGUUGAGGGUGGCGGUAAUGGAUUUUCUUUUCCCACAACUUGACGACUUUGGAUGCUACCAUGGACAGUUGUUAACUAGCUAGGCUACUUUCCGCACACAUUUUCUUGAGGAGGGACGAACCGUAGCGGUUUGGAGCUCGCUAGACCGGAGUAACGCGAUUUCCGUGGAUCUUUGGAGUUUUCGGGAUCGCCUGUUUGAAAGAUAGCUAGGUUAGCUGACUAGCACGCUAACAUUUGGCUAGUCCUCGCGUUGAUUAAGGUGGCUCACUCCCACGGCACAGGAGUUAGCUCACUACACUGAUUUGGGUAACUAACGCAGCAUAGGCUUCUGACAUUGCUGUUUAAUCGUUCGUGUCAGUUUUCAUUCGGCCAGUAUCGGUUUCAUUUCAGGGCGCGUUGUUUUGUUGGUAGCAUCCGUCAUUGUGUUUCUCCGCAGCGAUUGUCAGCUUAGCUGGUUAGCUAACUAUAACCGAUGCAGGUCGGCCUGACAUACUUGACUUUUAUCUUUCAUGUGCCAGUAAAAGGUUCAACUUUUUGUUUCCCGCAUCGACAAGUGUUUCUUAAUCAGUUUAAGAGAUUGAAUGAUGCGGUUGUGUUUCGGGCACAUUGCUGCUUCACGCAUACUGAAGUUACCCAGACAGCCUGAGCGAGAGAAUUUAGUCGGUCUUUAAUUAUUAAUUAGGUUUGGCAGGUUAACGGUCGUUUGUAUUUAGAUUUUAUGUUGGGUAAUUGAAACAGUGUUUUAAAAACAACUGUAAAUCACCCGACUUUGUGAAUCUAGAUAGCUCGUGUUUUCUCUUGUGCUAUUUAACCUGGAUUGUUGACAUGGACACGUACUUGCUGUAACUAAUGUGGGGUUCAACUUGUUGAUCUGUCUGCGUGGCUAGCUGCUUGCUGGCGAGCUAGCGUUAGCAUUAGCUGGUUAGUUCAUUCAAAUCCGUGUUCUCUCCCGAACUGCCGGGUUCCACGAAACAUCUGCCGGCGACAGUGCUAAAUGUGUGUGUGACUCUGGAAAAACUCUUCCUCGGACCCAUUUCUGAGAAUCCCUGACCAAAAAUGUCAACCCGGACUCAAGGAUUAGGUGUCAUAGAAAAUUCUUCUGGCCAGCCACCCCCGGAAUCCAAAGCAGGCGGGCGUACCAGCAUGCCACGCUGCCGGAACGUGGCUGCCACCACGGCGGACGAGCAGCCCCACAUUGGAAACUACCGACUGCUGAAAACUAUUGGCAAAGGAAACUUUGCUAAGGUUAAACUGGCCAGACAUGUGCUCACUGGGAAAGAGGUGGCAGUGAAAAUCAUAGACAAGACACAGCUCAACUCUUCUAGUCUCCAAAAACUCUUCCGAGAAGUGCGGAUCAUGAAGCUUUUAAAUCAUCCCAACAUAGUGAAGUUAUUUGAGGUGAUCGAGACCGAAAAGACACUGUAUUUGGUUAUGGAGUACGCCAGUGGAGGAGAGGUUUUCGAUUACCUCGUCGCUCACGGGAGGAUGAAAGAAAAGGAGGCGCGUGCCAAAUUCAGACAGAUUGUUUCUGCAGUGCAGUAUUGCCAUCAGAAGUGCAUUGUACACAGGGACCUGAAGGCGGAGAAUCUGCUGCUGGACGCCGACAUGAACAUCAAGAUUGCUGACUUCGGCUUCAGCAAUGAGUUCACAGUGGGUAGUAAGCUGGACACGUUCUGCGGCAGCCCGCCCUAUGCCGCACCCGAGCUCUUCCAGGGCAAAAAGUACGAUGGGCCCGAGGUCGACGUCUGGAGCCUGGGGGUCAUCCUCUACACGCUGGUCAGCGGCUCGCUGCCCUUCGACGGCCAAAACCUGAAAGAGCUUAGAGAGCGUGUGUUGAGGGGCAAGUACAGGAUUCCCUUCUACAUGUCUACAGACUGCGAGAACCUGCUAAAGAAAUUCCUCAUCCUCAACCCCACCAAGCGCGGCAGUCUAGAGCAGAUCAUGAAGGAUCGCUGGAUGAAUGUAGGUCAUGAGGAGGAGGAGCUGAAGCCUUACAUUGAGCCAUCGCCUGACUACAAGGACCCCAAGAGAACAGAUAUAAUGCUUCAGAUGGGUUACACGAAAGAGGAAAUACAGGACUCUCUUGUCAGCCAGAGGUACGACGAGGUUAUGGCCACCUACCUGCUGCUUGACUAUAGGAACUCCGAGCUUGAGGAAGGCGUCAACAUGUUGAUAAAGUCACGCCCAGGAAGUGACCUCGCAAACAGUAACGCCCCCUCUCCGCCUCAAAAGGUACAGCGCAGUGUGUCCUCUACUCAGAAACCACGAAGGAGCACAGAGCAGGGCUCGUACUCUAUUAAGCCUCAGGGGGAUAACAAGCACAGUGCCGAUGAUUCUGGGAGGAAAGGGUCCAGCAGUUCUGCCAGAGUGCCACCCAGCCCCAUAACCCCCGGGGACAGCAAGAAGACCUCCACACCCUCCACUAACAGUGUCCUGUCUACGGGGACAGGUCGUAGCCGCAACUCACCACUCGCAGAGAGGGACACCCUGGGAGUCCAGAACGGCAAGGACAGCCUGAACACUCCUGGCUCCCGGGCCUCCACGGCCUCGGCAGCGGCCGUGCUCUCCACCUCAUCCUUCUCUUCCUCACGCUCCCGCCAUCACAAGUCCUUCUCCUCCUCAGCCCACCCCUGCCCCGCUGACCUGCACACAUACCGGCCCAGUGGUCCCUCCCAGAGAGCACCUGGUGCUUCCCCAUCGGCCCAAAACAUCAGCAGCGCCACGGGGACCGACCGUACCAACUUCCCACGGGGGGUGGUCACGCGCAACACCUUCCACAUCGGCCAGCAGCGAGGGGCGAGGGACCAGCAAGGCUCGCCGUACCACGCCCCGCCCGCCUCACCCUCCCUGUCUCACGGCAACAGCCAGCAGCGGCGACCCGCCACCUCUGGCAUCUUCAGCAAGUUCACCUCCAAGUUUGUGCGCAGAAAUCUAUCAUUCAGGUUCCCCAGAAGGAGCCCAUAUGAGGGAGAGGGUCGGGAGGAGGGGAACAGAUCUAUGCUGAGCAGCGCUGAGAAGUCCGAGAAAACGGGCGUAGGGGGUGGGACCCUAGGCUCGGGAGGCGGUGACGAAAAUAGGGACUCGCUCUCUUCCUCCUCCCCGAGAGGUGGCACCCCGCCUCCCUUGGUGAAGGACAACCCCAAGCCGCGCUCAUUGCGCUUCACCUGGAGCAUGAAGACGACAUCUUCCAUGGAGCCCGGUGAGAUGAUGAAAGAGAUCCGGAAGGUACUGGAUGCCAACAGCUGCGAGUACGAGGUGCGUGAGCGAUACAUGCUCUUCUGCAUGGCCGGCAAACCCGCCCGCGACGACUUUGUCCAGUGGGAGAUGGAAGUGUGCAAGCUGCCCCGCCUCUCCCUCAAUGGCGUGCGCUUCAAGAGGAUUUCUGGCACGUCCAUCGCCUUCAAGAACAUCGCCUCUAAAAUCGCCAACGAGCUCAAGCUGUGAGAGGGAAGGAGAGCGAGAAUAGAGGAGGGGCGAGAUGGGGCGAGCUGGUGGGAGGGGUGGUGGUGACUUCAAACUCCAGGUGAAAGAGAGCGAAGGUGGGGUGGGUGCAGGGAGGAUGAUCACUGCUCAAACACAAGUUAUAUAGGGGUAUUGGAUGACACACCUUACAGUUUGGCAGAUAGUUCUGUGAGCUGUAGAGAUGAUGCAUGUUGGCGUGGCAUGAGGAGCAGGGAGGGGAGAGAGUGCUGUACAUGUGGACUUUGCUGGUUUCAGGAUCACCAGCUUUUACUCUCACCAGUCUGAGCAGGGGUGAAGAGGGAGAAGCACCGUUUGUUCUGCUGUUGUCCACUCUGAGAAGAAGCUGGUUGGAUGAACUCCUUUGGAGCUUCAUGAACUGAUUUUGGUUUUCAAAUCAACAGUUUUACAUAUAUGCACAACCACCCACACCUACCCCCACACACACACACACACACACACACACACACACACACACACACACACACACACACACACACACACACACACACCCCACUGGUGAACCAGACCAUGUUCACGACAACUGCUUUGCAGGGUGAACUGGGGACACACUCCUCCCAGCACACACACACACACACACACACACACACACUAACCCAACGUUCCUUUUGUUCUAUUUACAGGGUUAAUCCCCAUCUGAGCCCAACAGAGGGCUAACACUUGAAACAUGCUCAAUGGAUUGUGUCUUAUGUUUAGGCUGAUUUAGUCCUUCAUUGGCUGGGUUGUGACUUGCUGCACUGGAAUGAGUGUAUUUCCGUUGCCUUUAUUUUUAUUUUUUUCCCUUUUCUAAGAGAAAUGACGUGUUUUAAUGUCGUAUUAUCAGUGAUUAUGGUUUAAUGUAAUCAUUAGGACAAACAAAUUCUUUUUUUUCCCCCUUCCCUUUCGUGAUUUUAAAUUCCCUCAUGCCGGGGGGGAAGAGAGGGCCACAUACGAGCGCCGGACUCCCAACACACCUCCCCUUACCCUUCUUUCUCCAUCUCCUGAUGGAGAUGGUCAUGAGAGAUGGUCAUGUACAGUACACUAAGUACUAGGGUGUGUGAAAAACCAGUCGCUGGAAAACAUAAGGACUGAGCAUCUUGCAGAACAGCUCAGGCAACAUGUUGAUAAAUUACCCCACUCGAUCCUCAUGUGCAAGCCCUUGUCCCAAAGCCAAGCACCGUACACCAUCCUACCACGUGGUGGCUGAAGUGAAAUGAGCCCAACCACCACUAUCCUUUGAACGAUUCAGUCACCUUCUGACGAUGUGAAUUUGUCUGUGUAUGUGUGUGGGUGUGUGUGUGUGUGUGCGCGCGUGUGGUAAGACAUUGAGUACGAGGUCUACCCAAGAGCUGGUUUUGGUGGCUUUAUGUUUUGACCUUCACACUGAUUUUGUACAAGUACCAAGCGCAUCCUCAGCAGACGGCCUGACCUCCACUCAGUUUAGAUGGUAUCUGUUUCCACUCUUUAUUUUUCUAUGAUCAGAUCUGGGGUGGGGGAAAUUAAGCAUUAGAUCUGAGAAAGGCACAUCUCUGCGUGUGUGUGUGUGAGUGAGUGAGAGAGAGCGCAGUUGAAUAGUUUAAAUUGACCGUGCUUGAAUGAGUUAUGUACGUUUGUCUCUAUUGAUCUGUGCGUUUAUUUUGCAUGCGUCCUGGGUCUGUCGGGGGUACACACUCCAUUACUAUUGAAAGAGGAGUAGGGAGAUUGAUGAAUUUCUUCCAAGUCUAUCAAUGGUUUGGGGACACCUGUGCACAUCUGUAUUUUAUAUCAUUUUGGAAAAUUUUCAUUUUUUGUCACAUUAUUUGCAGUUCUAUGAAAUAAUCAUUGUCUAAGGUGCUGGGGAUCCAAUUGUCAUUAUCACUAUAAUUUUUCUUCAGGGUUAAUUUUUAUUUCAUAAUUUUCAUUGCUGUAACUUUACUAUUCUGUCAAGAACUGAAAGCUGUCAGGGAGAGAGGAGAGUUUGAAAACUCCAUGAUGUUUUUUUGUGCAAAGAAAUUAUGAUCAAUGAUAGUAAUAAACAAAUAUUAAAAAAAAUACUGGUUGCCUAAAGCAACAAGGAACUGUC